AUGCGUUUCGAAGACUGGGACGUACUCCUAUUUCCAAGGGAUUGCAAAAUCCCGGUCAAGGAGUUCAAGACUAACUGCCAUGUUGUCCACGAUAACGAAUUCGCACACACCCGUGGAUCUUUCGGCUUACCGACUAUGACCUGCUUCAUUCCUGCCUUGUCUUCGGGUACCCAGUUCAACAUCUCGCUUCAUUGCUGGAAAACUCCGGAAAUCAGUCAAUUCACCCGAAACUACAGCAAGCAUCCUGAACUAGUCAAGUUUGAAGCCAGAGUGCUGGUUGAUGGUCGCUUGGUUGCGUACGAUUUCAACCCAUUGUUUCCCUUCGAAGCUUCAACUCUAAUCAGGCUUAGUUCAUCUUCAUUUAAUCGUUCUGGACCAUGGCCUCAGUUGAUCAAUCAUAGCUUCGAAUUUACGAAGAACGGAGACCUUGAAACCCUUCGAUUCCCCCAAUUUCGUAGCGAAGUGCUCCAGCAGAGCUACUGGAGCCCGGCGGAUGAGAUUGGGCGAAUUAAAAUCGUCAUUAGCGAGGGCUUCCCUCGAGACUCUUUGACCGUUCCAAUCGAACGAGUCAAGAAUAUCGUCGCAUUUUCUUUCCAGCAUGCUCCACUAGACAUCCUUGAGACUUCCGGGAUUGCAUGGCCAAAUCCUGGAAUGUGGCGACGUGGCCCUUUUAAUCCUACUAUGCCUGUCCCAUCACAACAGCAUGAAGAUGGCCCAGAAGCACAUCUUCACUCUCCUCGUCGCCGAACAAACUAUAUGAAAACUACUUCAAGUUCAUCGGCCUAUAACCCCGGCCCUCCAGGAUUAGCACCGACCAAUAACUUGCUCAGCUCUAUGCCCACAACACAAGCUGUGCUUCAACGUAGUGGAGGCAGGUCUAGCUCGGCCUGGGUAGACCCUUUCACGACGCAGAAGUCCGAGGCUGCUGCCUGCUACGAAUGGACGAACAACAACUUUGGGCCUGUAGGAUAUAACCUUGCUGCUGACAACGGCAAGUCAAGCCACAGUAUUGCUUCCAACCGCAAGGCAACUACAAGCACUAGCAAGGUGUCCCAUUCCGAUGUCAGUAUGCCCGAUUAUGGCCUGGGAACGUCCAAUAGUACUCACAACAUACCGGAUCAUCAAUUUCUAAAUAUCUCGGCUUCCAUACUAGGGGAGGUGGAUAGCAGCACCAAUGACCUCAAAGCACCAACCAACACUCCAACGACCAUGGCUGGUACAAACUUCAUGGACGAUCUUAACCUCGACAUGAGCAAAACUAGCACGCCUGGUAACGCGUCAAUGAAUGACUUCUUCAAUUCCAACCACACGGCCUUCUCGCCUGAGUUCGCAACUUCUCUUACGCAUUCGUUACUCAACCAGCCGCACCCUCUUGCCGUCCAGGGUGGAAGUAUCGGUCAACCGGCCCCUGAAGUCAAAUCACGCAAGGAAAAUAGGCUCAACCAGAACUCUCCCAGUGAUAACUUGUCUUCUAACGAUCAUUCUGAAAUGCGUAAGGUCUCACAAACCUCAUUUAGCAACCUUGGGAAAGAAACCAGGGAAACUAGCGCGAACAACUCCCCUCCGAGCCAAAGUGCGUUCUCGGGAGUGUUUUCACAUCGAUCCACAUCUGCCGGGGAUUUUGGGAAUGACCUCACCAAUGUUUUCACUCACUCGAGCAUGGACUCACAUGGAAUUGACGACGCGAGCUCAGACGGCCGUAUCAUGAAUGGGUCUGAGAAAGGCAUCAAGCGCACUCGCCACUUCACGCCGGGUAGCGGAAGAGUUGUGGGAGAUGAUUGCGAAACACUGAUUAAAAGCCCCAGGGUUCAGGUCGAGCUCGAUGACCAAUUUGGUGAAACAAUUUGAUGAAUACAGCAUCUACUUCUUGUGGGAUCAUUGAAUAUCCAUUUGAUUAUUGGGAGCGUCGAGUGAAAGGGGUGCUUGUCAUGCCGGUUACGGAUAUUAUUGGAGCAAGGUUAUUAUCAACCUGUUAGAAGAAUACGCCGCCUAUAUUUCAGCUCGUGUCUUCAACACAUGGCCCGAGGAGUUUUAAUAAUACUCGACAAGCAGCCUCGGGUCGUUUUGUGGAUUGACCUUUGGCAUGAAACAAGCCUUGGAAGUCUUCAUACUUAGGUACCUUAGGUAGUUUAUGGUAUUAAAGGCUGUAAUAUCUAAUAGUAACAGGAGGGGAUACUUUGUUGUUAGACUGAGCUGAGUAUAGAUAGAAUACGCCAACUUCAUCAGUACAACGCAACAAACAAUACAAUGGAA